AUGAGCACUGCCAUGGUGACUGACCGGGUGCAUGAGAACCUGUGGUGGGAGGAGGGUCUUGAAUGGACGGAAGACAUGAAGGUUUACUACGUGUCUGCGAGGAAAUUCGAAGCUGUUGGUAAGACGCAAGAGGCGCAGGAGCUGUACGCGUCGCUCAUCAGAAAGAUUGCGAGGGUCGAGUCAAAGUCAAAAGACUGGCGAGUACAUCAUUUCAAUCUGCUUGCACAUCAAGCGCAUAUUCUGCCAGCCAACGAGAGCAUGCAGUUUUACAGCCAAGCGAUGGAGGAUUGCAUACUCGCUGACGAGCUCAAGAGCAGCAGUCGAUGGCCUGGGUGGGGACUCUCGUCCUGCUUUGCGGUGGUGACCUCUCUCGCGCUCAAGCUGGACGCACAAGACCCGGGGGGCCAAAGGCUGCCCUCCUCUCAAGCGUCUUCCGCUUUCAAGCUUGCUCGCCGCCUGUCGAGGCGCUCGGAGUUGGUGUGGAGUUUGACUUGGCCGAAGCUAACGGGCCGGGUGUCGACACCUGCGACGAGUGUGCGGAGGGCCGGGAAGCGAGUGACACUGGUCUCCGUUGCGAGUGGGAGAUACAACGAGUUUGUGUUGCCUCUCAUCAAGUCUGCCAAGGAAUUCUUCGUUUCCGCCUGCUGCUCUCUGCGCAUCGUCAUUUUCACUGACCAGCUGGAUGAGCAUGUGGAGAGGUGUCAGAGAGAAACUUCAGCUUGUAUUGGUGUUGUGUUUGUGCGGCGAGAAGAGCUCGGGUGGCCGUUGAGUGCGAUGAUGCGGUACCGCAACUUCCUGGACUCAUGGAGCUUGCUCGAAGAUGCCGAUUUCCUCUUCAGCAUCGAUGUCGAUUGUGAAUUCGUCGCACCUGUUGGUGAGGAAGUGCUGGAGGAUCUGGUCGGCACCUGCCACGUGGACAACGCGUUUUACAGCGGCGAGGAAAAACUUUCAGCGGUUACUCGCAUGGAGGGAGAGCGGAGGUGGGAGGAGGGCUCCAUGUGGUCGCAAGCUGAGCUGAUACAAGCGAGGAAGCGAAGCAAGGGACAGGAGCACAAGAACUUGAGGCCGUCAGCUGCCGUCUAUGAGCGAAGACAAGCAUCGACAGCCCACAUCCCCCCCACUCGCGGUCAGCGAUAUUUCUACAGCGGCUUCUUUGGUGGAUCGCGCGCAAGCUUCCUAAAGAUGAUUCAGUACAUCGUGCGGGCGAUCGAAGACGAUCUGGCACGAGGAGUGAUCGCUAGGGUACAUGACGAGAGUCACGUGAACAAGUUCUUUGAGCUCUUUCCGCCCUCCUGCCUCUUGACUGCUGCUUACAUGUACCCUGAAGCUGCUGUCCUCCUCGAUGAGCUUCUCUGCGCCCCCCUCUCCUUCUGUCCUCGUGACCAUAUGCAUCCUUGGAUUUGGCGCCCCUGGCUCCCCGAUGCCUGGCCGGAUCCUCGCACUUGGACGCCUGACAUGUGGAACAGCCGUCCGAUGAUGGUGCCGCGAAUCCUCAAUCUUGCCAAGCCAAAGAACAGCCUCAUCACCGGCGGGAGAGGAGGGGAUAGCGUGUAUCGGUAUAGGUUGUGGAGCAGCGACAUGCACAUCGGGCCCAUCGGAGACGUGAAGCGGAUCUUACGAGCCUUGGGGAUGGAAGUGACAGACAAGAGCUUGUCGUCUCACUGCCACGUCAGCAGAACCUGCGCGACCGACCUCAAGGUAUUGACGCCUGAAGCUCUCGAGGAAGUGAUCCACCUUGAUGGCACGCGAGCGAGGAGGAGCCGAGGAGAAGAGGUGCGGGAGAGGUUCUUCAAGGCCUAUAGAAGCGACGAGGAGAUGGCCAAGGUUGACAUGAUCAUCUGCAGUCACCCGCUCUCCAUGUGCGAGCUCUACCUCCCGCUAGGGAAGCCGAUGCUGCUGUACAGCACCACUCGUUUCGACUUGGGAAAGUUGACGUCCCGUGAAGAGCUGGAGCGAUGGAUCAAGACUGUGCGAGCCAUCGCAAGCAAGAAGACUAAUCUACUGCUUGCCAACAACUUGUACGACGCUGCUUACAUCAACUACUUCACUGGAAUCACCCCGGACGUCAUCCCAAGCCUCUGCAGGACCUCUCACAAGCUUCUCCUUCCUCCCUCUCGGUUGCAGAUUCUCCUCGACGUGUGUGAUUCUCAGCGCUGUCCUCCUUUUCGUCAGCAAGGUGUCGCGUCCCUCCUGCGUUCCUUGCGUGCCGCGGGAGCUUCAGCAGGCUACCGCGGGGAGCUGGUGGACUUGAGAGAGCUGUACCCUCGCUAUCAUCCUUCCGACCUGGUGAGACAUCCUGCCAUCGUCUGGCUCCCCUACCAGGUCUCCGUCAUGUCCUUCUUCGAGCGUCGCGCCAUGGGGAUCCCUGUCCUGGUGCCUUCGCUGAGGCUCUUGGCGGCCUGGCACAUGCAACAUGGUCUUGUCUUUGAGCGACGAGCUGACUGGCAGACAGCCCAACGCCGACGAGGGUCGCUCCUUCCCCCUCAUCCAGACGCCUCGGAGGCGAUCAAGGACUGGGACCCCAACGACGAGAGGAAUGCUUCUGCUGUGCUGACGUGGCUGUCUAGAGCAGAUUUUUACAGCAUGCCGCAUGUCCUGCAAUUCGAGUCCCUAGAGCAUCUCUUCGUCCUCCUCGAAACAACCAACUUCUCUGCUGUCUCCGCCAGCAUCUUGCGUCACCAUGCGAGCCUUGAGCUCGACGUGCAUCACAAGUGGAAAAAGGCGAUGCGAUUGACCCUGGGGUCCCGCCUGCCCGGGAGCUCGUCGAGCAGGUCGAGCAGGUCGAGCAGGUCGAGUUACCGCGAGGCUCUUGCGGAGGAAUACCCGGAGCUGACGGGGCUCUACUAA